GCGGGACUUCGCUGAGACUUAACGGCCGGGUUAAUGCUGGGAAGUAGAUCUGCUCAUUUCCGGUGGUGAGUGGUUAAGGGCUGCUGCUGCUGGCUCGGGAUUCUUAUUGGAGCGUUUCGGCGGCGCGCGGCGGCUCCAGCUGAAACCCUCUGCGAGUUCAUCAUGAUUCUCCAACAGCUAUUCAGGUUUUCCUCCAUUUUCCGCUCUGCCAUCUCAGUACACUUGCGUAGGAACAUUGGCCUUUCUGCUAUAGUGUUUAAUAAGGCGAAGGAACUUGAUCCAGUUCAGAAGCUCUUUAUAGACAAGAUCAGAGAAUACAACAUGAAGAGCCAGAAAGCUGGUGGUCCAGCUGAUGUAGGCCCUGAAUACCAGAAAGACAUGGCUGAAGAAAUUGCCAAAAUUCAGCGGUUGUAUGGUGGGGGAGACCUGACCAAAUUUCCAGACUUCAAAUUUGAGGAUCUCAGGAAUGGAGAGAAUGGCCAGGUGUUCAGAUGGUGCAUAGCAGCAGGCACACAAUGUGGCACAGCAUUGCUGUUUGCUAAGAGCUGUCAUUUGAUAAUCUUGGGACUUGAGUGGUUUAGAACAGAUAUCUGCACAUUAAUCAACUUCAGAGAAUCAUAGUUGUGAGGGUUCAGUCUGAAAAUUCCACCAGAGAGGAACCAACAGCAGAGGUGUUGUAACUAGUGUCACACAACAGCUAUUUUAAAGGGUAAGGGUGAGUAGUGAAGUCCACCAGAAGUAUUCUCUGUCAUCUGCCAUUAGCUGAUCAAUCCCCAUCAUCCAUGGACUCUACAGUGAUCUAAGGGAGUCGGAAGAUCAAAAGUCCCUACGUGAGGACUAGGUCCCCUGUGCCUGGAACUUCAUUCUGCCAGUUUUGGCAGGCAGGUACUGCAUGGGGUAGACCCAGAUGCUUAGUUAUUUCAGGAGUUCCCCUUAGUUACAUGAUACUGCUGUGAGAGUUGCCAUUUUCUGAACUCUCUCCCUCAUACUGUCAAGUGAGUAACUUCCUUAUCUGUGGACUAAUUUUCUUACUACAGACAAAGCAAUUUAAAUGUCUUUAGCAUAAAAUAUAGUCUCGUCUAGUUUUGAGUCAUUUAGGAUUAAUCUUCCCUUGUGGUUUAAAUUAUACAUCAUCAUAAUGUGGAGUCUCUUCCCCAAGAAGAACUAAUUUCUCAUUCACCUUGUCUUUGUGUACUACUUGGAAGUCUCAUAUCUUAACUUUACUGCUCAUUAUGGUUUUUUACAUGAGUCAGUGGUAGGUAGCAACAUUUUUCUCUUUUUGCUGGUAAAACUGGUAGUACCCCAUUAAUGAACUAGUUGCAAGCUAGUUAGUAGGUAAGUUACUUUGGCUGUAGGUAAAUGUCAAAUGCAUCUAGGAUGAGAUGCAUGAUAGCUAAUUCUAAGGAAAUAUUGCAUAUUCAUGAAGAAACUUUUUAAAAAAACUUGUGCUAAAUGUCCCUUUGCUUCCCUUUAUGGCAUGUUUGCAAAAUUUAGCUGCAGAUUACUAAAAGUAGUAAAUGUGUCCAUGAUUUGUAUUCUGCUAGAACCUGAAGUUGAUCUAUGAGCAGUAUUUAGAACUUUAGCAUCUUAACAUGAAACUAAUGACUUUUUUUUCUUCCUAGAACCCAACUUUGAAGAGUCUCA